AUGGCCGAACCAACAUACAAAGGCACAGAUGCCGCCCCUAUAAAGCCGGUAUCAUCACUACGGUCGCAUUUUGAGGGCCUCAAGGUCAACCUAGCUCCACAUGAUGACCGGGGCAGUACCCCUUCCUCUCCGCAGCCGUUGCGGCCGGUCGAUGGGCAGUCACCAGUCCCAAUGAUUAGGAAAUCCUUUGACAUGGUGCGGCCAACGUCGCCAUGGGCGACUGGAGCAAACAUCGACCGUCAAGGCUCGGCCACUCCUUCCAGAGGAGAUGAGUCUCCCCCCAGGCCUGUCUAUAAACGGCCCAUGUCAAUGUUGGUCCAGUCUUCUCCCCAGCUCACACCGUCUGUUAAAGUCGACUCUCCCCGAUCACCCCCUCGCACCUUCUUCGAGAGAAGCGUUUCACGGUCUCCGGAGCGAGUUGACAACACGCCCUUUGGCAAAGUUCGGGAACUCAUAUCCCAGCACUCGAGCCGAAAUUCUUCUCGGCCUCCUUCACCUCGAGCAUCGAGUCCUGAGCAUCAGGAAGUUUUGAAUGCCGGUAGCAGGGAGCAAAAGGGGGCUGACAGACCAUUGUCGAAGUCUCCAGGCAGGGCACCGCCGGUGAACAGAGCCGAUAAACCCAAAGUGCCGGCCAAGCCAAACAUCAUACCAGUCCCAGUCGAACCACCUCCCGGAAAUGCAUUGAACCCCGAGGCGCGUAAGCCGUCCUUCGAGGCACGUGUAUCACCAUUCAGCACACCUCCCAGCAGUGAUGAAAGCUCCCCUUCAAGGACUCCUGACCUGAAUAUUCCCACCGCAGCCUUUAGACCUGUGGCCGCCGCAUCUACGGCGGGUAGGAACGCAGGUCCGCCGCUCCCUGAACCCGUCGAGCGACCUAGGGAUGCACGAAUCAUGGGGUUUGCUUCGAAAACACCAGCCGCUGAUAGGAAGGAUCCUCGGACUCUUGGAUUUGGAUAUUCAGAAUCACAAUCGCAUCCUGUCCAGGCACCCACUGGCUUGCCUUCUCGAGCAAAUACAGUCUCGGAAAAACCUUCACGAGACCCACGGGACUUUGGCUUCGUUGCGAAGCCAGCCCCCCGACAUGUGUCUGAAACAAUAAGAGCUAGCCCUUCUCCUCCAGUUCACUCCCUGCCACCUGUCCGCGCUCCGCCUUCAAGGGAUGCUAGGCAAUUUGGAUUCUCUAGUCGCCCUCAAUCUGAAGUCGACACCAUUGAGGAAGAGCAACGGCCAGGACUUCCCCCUAGGCGAAAUAUUGAACCUCCUCCUCGGCCAUCAAAUGAGUCCAAAAACCCACCAAGAUCGACAGCUACUCCGAGUCAGACAACGACACCAGAUAGAUUUAAGAAACCAUUUCCAACACAGCAACUGUCGAGAGCUCCCACAGCUCCAGUAGACAUGCGCUUUCCGCCUCCUCCGAAACGUGGCAGCGUUGAUAGCGUUGAACCUUCUAUUUCAGCUUCGCCAUUAAGAUCGCAGAUGCUUAAUGGGACGUCUCCUAGCCGACCCGGCGGACGGGUUUAUGGCAGUGACUCAGAUGAAGCGGAAGGACAUGUCGAAGAACCUUUAACCAUCAGAUCAGAAUAUCCUGAUGCCACUCACACCAACCGUCGACCUCCCUACUGUAAAGGAGCAGUGUGGGAAAUCGCCACGAAGUCUGAUGCGCGAACAAUGGAGGUCUGUGGCCAACACCUUUGCACGACUGGUUACACAACUCGUGUCUUUGACAUGACUUCUGGGGAACAGAUAAUGAGCAUUAGUCAUGGCGAGACGGUCAAGGUAACUGCGCUCGCAUUUAAGCCCGCCACGGACUUGUCUGGUGAGGGAGCCAAAAUAUGGUUGGGAACGAUUACGGGGGAAUUGAUGGAGGUGGAAAUCGCCACUUAUACCAUCAAAAUCACCAACUCCGACCAUAACCGUCGAGAAAUUGUUCGCAUUCUACGAAGUCGGGGAGACUUGUGGACUCUUGACGACGAUGGCAAGCUCUUCGUUUGGAAAGCAGAUGAGACAGGUAUCCCGAAUAUGAAGUACAGCCAUAUAUCUCAUAAGGUUCAGAAGGGCCAUACAUUUUCUAUGGCUAUUGAUGGUUUGCUAUGGCUUGCCACGGGCAAAGAAAUUCGCGUCUACGAGCCUGGGGAUGAAAUGACAUUUACUGCAUUGACAAAGCCUCUGUCACAACAUGGCACAGGAGAUGUAACUUGCGGAACUCAUUCAACAGAGGCUGGUGGUAGAGCAUAUUUUGGUCACAACGAUGGACGAGUGACCAUUUACUCUACCAGAGACUUUUCGUUUAUUGGAAAUGUCAAAGCCAGUGACUACAAGAUCAAUAGCAUGUCCUUUGUGGGAGACAAGCUGUGGGCGGCGUUCAAGACUGGCAUGGUCUAUGUAUACGAUACUUCGACGUCACCUUGGAAGGUGAACAAGGACUGGCGAGCGCACAACGGCCCCGCACAUGAGCUUCUGCUCGAUCCACGUAGCGUAUGGACUCUACAACGACUUCAAGUCGUCACAAUCGGUCACGACAACUUUGUCCGACUUUGGGACGCUGCGCUCGAAGAAGACUGGAUAGAGUCCGAGAUGCAAAAGCGCGACGUCGAAUACUGCACCUUCCGAGAAAUUCGAGCUGCGGUGGUGACAUGGAAUGUGGGUGCCUCCUCUCCAUACUACCUGAAGAAAGAUUUCAUCGCGGAUGCCAUACAUGCAGAGGACCCACCUGAGAUUCUAGUAUUUGGCUUUCAAGAAGUGGUAGACUUGGAAGAUCGUGCUGUGACAGCCAAAAGCAUUCUAGGCUUUGGAAAGAAGAAGGAUACUGUCAAGAACGAACAGUAUCAGAGUCGCGUCUACCGCGAAUGGCGUGACCACCUGACCUCUGCCAUUAGUCGGUAUACCGGCGCACAUUACGCUUACUCAGAACUGCACACCUCGAGCUUGAUUGGGCUGUUCCAAUGCGUCUUCAUCCGGCAAGAGGAACGUAAGAACGUUCGAAACCUGCAAGCUGCCAGCGUCAAGCUCGGCUUGAAAGGUCGUUACGGCAACAAAGGAGCAUUAAUCACACGCUUCACGAUGGACGAUAGCUCUGUAUGCUUCAUCAACUGCCAUCUUGCGGCCGGCCAGACUCACACUUCGCAUCGCAACAAUGACGUGGCGACAAUUCUCGAGGCCGAGGCGCUGGAUCCCGAAGCGGAUCCCGAUUGCCGCAGCUCCUUGUACGUUGGCGGUGGUGACGGCAGUCAGAUCCUCGACCACGAGAUCUGCAUCCUCAAUGGGGAUUUGAACUACCGCAUCGACACGAUCCCCCGCGAUACGGUAAUCAGCAUGGUCAAACGCAACGAACUCGCCAAACUUCUCGAACGGGAUCAAAUCAUGGUGUCGCGCCGUCGCGUGUCUGGGUUCAGAUUGUCACAAUUCACAGAGCUCCCCAUCACGUUUGCACCGACGUACAAAUACGACGUGGGGACCGACAACUACGACACGUCGGAGAAGAAGCGCGCUCCCGCGUGGUGCGAUCGACUCCUGUACCGCGGCCCCGGGCGGGUGAAGCAGAUCGAGUACCGUCGCCAUGAGGUGCAUGCGAGCGACCACCGACCUGUCAGCGGGGUGUUCAAGUUGCGACUCAAGACGAUCGACGCGCGCAAACGGGCGAGGGUCAAGGAGGACUGUUUGAACAAGUUUGUCGAUAUCCGGCGUCGCAUGGCCGAGAAGGAGAGUAUCGAGUACCUCGUUUCGACCCUGGGGGUGGCCGAGGCCGAGGCAAAGAGGUUAAUUACUGCGAAAUAG